UUUAAAUCAAGAGAUUAGCAUUUUUGUUUACUUGGAAAGAAAGACAUGGAGACGUGCAAAUUAGAGAAGCGAGGUAAGAUCUUCAUUUUGACUUUGACCGGCGAAGACGAGCACCGUUUAAACCCAAUCCGAAUCGACGCAAUCCGGUCAGCACUUAACCAAAUCCGCUCCGACUCAAGCUCACUUUCCGGUUCCGUUCUCAUCACCACUGCUCAGGGCAAGUUUUUCUCCAACGGCUAUGAUCUUGCCUGGGCAGGCUCUUCACCGGACAAGAUCCGUUUAAUGUCUUCCAAGCUCGGAGAUCUUGUUGCCGACCUAUUAUCCUUUCCUAUGCCUACAAUCGCCGCCAUCACCGGCCACGCCUGUGCCGCCGGAAUGAUCUUUGCUCUUUGCCAUGAUUAUAUUGUUAUGAAGAAAGAUCGAGGGUUUUUGUAUAUGAGUGAAAUGGAUAUUGGGCUGAAGAUUCCGGCUUGGUUCAUAACCGUCAUAAGCUGCAAGAUUGGCGACGCUAGAGUACGGCGAGACGUGGUGCUGAGAGCAAGGAAGUUAACGGCGAAGCAAGCAGUGGAGAGUGAAAUCAUCGAUGCUGCGUUUGAGACGGUGGAGGAGACGGCAAAAGGGGCUGUGGAAUUAGGUGAGGAGUUGGUUAAAAAGGGAUGGAAUGGCCAAGUUUACAGUGAGAAUAGGAAGGAGCUUUACAAAAAGAUUUUAGAUAAGCUUGGAGACGAUGAAACCACAGAUGAUGUUAACAAUGUUGCAAUCGCAACCUCCAAAAUGUAAUGACAGUGAUUUGGCUGACAUACUUGUCUUGAAUAAGGCUCAUAUUUUAGUAACUCCGUAUGUUGGGAGAAUGUUGUUUAAAAAGUGCUGUUAAAGGUUGUCAAACUUGAUAUCCAUUCAUUGGUUUGAGUGAAAAUAUAACUCUAUCUUAUUUUAUUUUGUGUGAA